AUGGUCAAAUUAUCUAUUGGUUCACUCGCUAUUUUCACAUCGUUAUUAGCUGCUAAAGCAGUUGCAAAGGACGUUGUUUGUUUGGUCAAUGACACCCCAGUUGCAACCGUCGAUUUAGAUACAGGUGUUUGUCCAUUCCAGCUCCCAGCUGAAUUACUGGCAUUCUUCAAUUUUAAUGCUUCUGAUGAUUACGACAUCCAAUUCUACUACGCUAUUGCUAACAGCGCAAGGUAUUUCACCGAUAUUGUUAAUGCAGGUACUGAAAUUGAGAUUCCUGCUAACCAAAUCUAUGGUACCGAUGGUGCCCCAGUAUACAGAGUGCACGCCGAAGAUUCUCCAUCGUCUAACUCUACUGAAGCUAUCAGAAAGAGAAUGAUGAACCAAGUUGAUGUCAUCAAGAGAGAUGAAGCAUCCGACUUCGCUGAAUCAUUAAAGGAAAAUGACGGUACCUUGGUCAACUCGGCCGUUUUUAAGGUUGUUGACAUUGAAGAAGGAUCAUCUUCGUCUGCUGGUCCAACUGAAACUGAAACAUUCGAAUCUACGAAGAUUAUUACUAUUACCAGUUGCUCUGACGACAAAUGUACUCCUACUACUGUUCCAGGUACCCCAACUGUAACCACUUGUACUACUGAUGGUCAUGUUACAACCUUCACCACAUACUGUCCAAUUACUACUGAAACGAAUACUCACACUGAUGUUGUUACUAUUACUCAUUGUUCUGAUGAUAAGUGUUCUGAAACUACUGUUCCAGGUGUCCCAAUUGUCACAACUUGUACUACUGAUGGUACUGUUUCUACCUUGACUACCUACUGUCCAAUUAUUACUGUUACCCACUGUAAGGACGACAAGUGUUCUGAAACUACUGUUCCAGGUACACCAACUCUUACCACUGAAACCAUUGGUGGUAAGGUUACUGAAUAUACUACUUACUGUCCAGUAUCCGAGGUUCCGGGUACUGAAGCUCCAGGCACCCAAGCUCCAGGCACUCAAGCUCCAGGCACUGAAGCUCCAGGCACCCAAGCUCCAGGCACUCAAGCUCCAGGCACCCAAGCUCCAGGCACUCAAGCUCCAGGCACUCAAGCUCCAGGCACUCAAGCUCCAGGCACUCAAGCUCCAGGCACUCAAGCUCCAGGCACUCAAGCCCCUGCACCAACCCCAGGCACCCAAGCUCCAGGCACCCAAGCUCCAGCUCCAGCUCCAACUACUGUUGCCGGUGAAACUAACACACCACCUACUGAUGUUGCUGGUGAAACUAACACCCCAACUGUUGCUGCUCCUUCUGUUGCUCCAACUAGUGCUUCAGUUUCUACUUAUGAAGGUUCCGCCAUCACUCAAGGCACUUCAUUAUUUGCCUUACUUUUGGUUUCUUUGAUCCACUUUUUCUAA